CCCCUCCCCCUCCCUCCCCCUCAAUGGCGGAUGAGGUAGCCAUGUUAUUGUAGCUCAACCGGAGACGAAUUAGGUCGCCGUUGAGUGAGUUGUGCACAUCUACCGGUUUGGAGUGCUCGUCCAUUUUUCUUCUCAUCUCAAUCGUCGUCUUGUGGGGGACACCAUGAGUGGCGGCACACCGUACAUUGGCAGUAAAAUCAGCCUCAUCUCCAAAGCUGAGAUUCGUUACGAAGGGAUCUUGUACACCAUCGACACCGAGAACUCCACUGUGGCUUUAGCUAAAGUGCGUUCCUUCGGUACCGAGGACCGGCCCACUGACAGGCCCAUCCCACCUCGUGAUGACACCUUUGAAUACAUCAUCUUCCGAGGAAGUGACAUCAAGGACCUGACAGUGUGUGAGCCUCCCAAGCCCACAAGCUCCCUCCCCCAGGACCCGGCGAUCGUUCAGUCUUCUAUAAGCUCCACUUCCUCAUCCUCGGCCACUGCGCUUCCCAGCGCCUUCCCAUCUGCCACUUCCUAUGGGCUCUUCAACCGUGCCCCGCUUUCUUCCUAUAACCAGUUCAACACCGGCACUCUGGUCUCCCCCCAGUUUGGAGGUGUUGGAGUUGGACGCAGCAGCCCACCUCCAGAUCCUUUGAAGAAGAGUCCCCAGAGUGUGGAGCAGGUGAUAAAAUCUCCGAGCACUACCAGGGCCACCGGUAUUAUCCCAAGCCUGGGUCGCCGGAGCCCAGCCCAGACUCGCACAGCCCCUCCCACUUUGGCUCACACCUCAGGAAGGAGUCAACAGCACGAUGCCGUGGACACAAGGAGGGCACAUGCUAACCGGCGAGGCAGAGGGGGCGGGCACCGAGGCCAGGGCCGCUUCAACGUGCGACGCGACGGCACCGUCAAGUUUGAGAAGGACUUUGAUUUUGAGAGCGCCAACGCCCAGUUCAACAAGGAGGAAAUUGAGCGCGAGUUUCAAAGCAAGCUGAAGCUGAAAGAUGACAAGUCAGAGUCGGCGGUGAACGGCGAGGAGAAAGGUGAUUCUGCUGUUGACACGCAGAACAACACAAGCAAUGCAGAUGAGGGUGACCCACUCGGGCCGAACUGCUACUACGACAAGUCCAAGUCGUUCUUUGACAACAUUUCGUGUGAUGACAGCAGGAAAGCCAAUGACAAGUGUGGCGGUGGCGGGUUCCCAAGAGAGCGCCGGCAGACCUGGGCAGAGGAGAGGCGGAUGAAUGCGGAGACCUUUGGCAUCUCCAUGCGUCACAGUCGGGGUCGUGGAGGCUAUCGCGGUCAUGGCUCCUCAGGCUUUCGGGGAGGUCGCCCUCGUUCGUCUAGCCGUGGCUCCUUCGCUCCACCACAAGGGGGUGGAUUCAGGGGUGGAUACCGUGGAAACCAAGCUGGGCGGGAGUUUGCCGACUUAUCAGCAUACAGGAAGGACAACAAGGUGGCGGCGUAGCAAUGAGGAAGAAAGAUGUCACGUUUUUGUCACCAGCACUGGUUCACUUCCAAUGUGGCAUUUUCUGAGCUUAACUUUGAUAAGAUUUUCUUAGCUGCCCAGGCUCGUGCUUUAUUUGCGGGACGUGGUAUUUUUUCUACUAGAUGUCACGUAGCCUCGCACUCAACCCGUGUUUGGCGUCUGCACUUGUCCUCAUCUUCAUGUCGUUACAGUUCUCACACAAAUGUGUGCUCUCUUUUUAUUUACCGUGUAAUCGCAACAUAUUUUGAACCCAAAUUACAAUUUAGAGCGCUUAAGGGGCAAGAAAAUGACACACACAUAACUAAAGUUUAACAACAGGGGGCAGCAGUGUUGUUGGAUUGUCUGCUUCUCAUGAUCAUGUGCUUGCUCCCUGGCAUAAUCACGCUUCAAUUAGCUUCAACUGUCUUGACGUUGACGUUACUACAACGUCCCUUAAUUAGUAAAAUAAAGCGUCAAUAAAGUAACAUUAAGUGGCAGCAAGUAUCAGAUUGCCAGGGGACAUUUUGGUCACUGUAUACAAAUUGUUCAAGAAUAUAGCAACAGCUGUUAUUGUUUGUGUGUAUUGACACAACAAUGCCAGGUCGGUGUGAUGAGGAGAUUGAUAUUAUGAUUGACUUGUUUUGUUGGUAACAGGGUCUGCUUCAGUGACCAAUGAGACGCCGCCUGUAAUAUUUACAGACACAUUUGUCAUGGAAGGUUCGAGAAUUGAUUUGAGCCGCUUCCAGUGUAGGUGUGGGCAUCGGCGCUUUCACUCUCAAUACCUUUUAAGAACAUUGUUGGCAUGAUUAGUUUCUCUUAGUCAUUGACAAGUCAUCCAAAAACACAAGCGAACCUCGUGUUUGAUGCAAUAAGUGAGAACUUUCUGAACCAGCAUGGCGUGUACACGCCUCCUUAGCCACAAUAAAACAAUAUCAACACUA